CUACCGAGUGAUCUGACACACAGUAGCCAUAACUAUUUUAUAACGUUAACUUGACGCGCGUUUAAUUAUUAUUUAACUAACUCAUAAAUAAUGUGUAAGAAUAUAAUCUUAUGCUUGUUUGUACUUAUUCAGUGUUCUGCUCAGUGUUUCGAUGGUGAAUAUCGUGAUAUUAUUUACAAGAGAACUCCAAAUUUUACUGAGAUUGGAACAAAACUAGGGCUCAGAGUAAACGAGCAUGACGUCGUAAGUCAAGACGGAUAUAUUUUAAAACUUUUCCAUAUACCGGGCAACGCUAGCAGACCUGUGCUUUUGAUGCAUGGUAUUAUUGAUUCAGCUGAUACUUUCAUUAUAAGAGAAAAUUCUUCUCUCGCAAUUGUUCUUGCUAACGCAGGCUAUGACGUGUGGGUUGGAAACGUCAGAGGCAAUAGGUACUCCCGCAGACAUGUAUUCUUGGAUCCGGACAUAGAUAAGAAAUUUUGGGAUUUUAGCUUCCACGAAUAUGGCUUUUAUGAUCUCCCCGCCAUCAUCGACUUUGUGUUGGACAAAACUGGUGAAAAAUCUCUAAGUGCAAUAGGCCAUUCGUUGGGAAACACGAUAUUUUACGUUCUCGGAUCAAAACGAGAGGAAUAUAAUCAGAAGAUCAAAGUGAUAAUAGCAGUCUCGCCGAUCAGCUAUUUGAGCAAUUUAAAAAAUUCUGUAGCAAAAUUAAUGGAAGCAAUGCCAGCCAUAUCAAAUUUUUUCAUUCUUAUUGGAGAAGAAGAAUUCGUGGGGGAUGACACACCUAUUGUUCAAGGACUAAGAGUUGUCUGCGGAUGUAAAAAAUAUUAUGAAUUGUGUGUUAAUGGUCUCUUCUUCACGAUAGCCGGCAGAGAUCCCGAGGAGCUGGAACCGAAUUUCUUUCAGACUGUCGUCGCUCAUUACCCCACUGGAUCGUCAAGAAAGACUGCGCUGCAUGUCUCACAGAUUGGAUUAAGGAAAACAUUCGCGGAAUUUGAUUACGAACGGAGGAAUAAUGAUGUGUACAAUUCAACAACUCCUCCAGAAUACGAUUUAAAUAAAGUUGUCAUGAAAGUUGUUUUAGUCGCUGGAAGGAAUGACGAGAUCUCUACUCUAGAUGACGUCCAUCUCCUUAGAAAGAGAUUGCCGAACACUGAUUAUAUUGUUGUUGGAAGAAAGAAGUUCAAUCACAUCGACGCUGUUUGGGGACGAAACAUGAAAAAAUAUUUAUUCCCUCACAUAUUCCAUUUUUUGGAAAAAUACAAUUGAUUGACACUUAAUAAUUAUACUUAUUGUAUAAAAAGCAUACAAAAAGCUUAGUUCUUAAUUAUAUUAUCUGAAUUACAGAUAAUAAAUUUUGUCGUGAAUGAAGUUUAAAUAUUACAAUGUAAGUUUAAAAAAUAAGAAAAACAUAUAUAUUCGUGAUAAGAUUUU